GCCUCAGCCUCAGCCUCCGCCUCAGCCUCCGCCGCCGCCUCAGCCGCUUCAGCCGCCGCUGGACGAGGAGCAGCAGCAGAACAUGGCGCCGGGGCCGCCGUCGCCACGGCCGGGAUCCCCGAGGCCGGGGCCGCGCUGAGGGCGCCCAGCUGCUGAGAAGAAAUGUUGGCUAUCUGGCGAUGAGAAGUGGUGAAAACUGACCUGCUGCUCUACAAGCACUAUGGGACUUGACAUUUGCACAAUGUGGGCAGCCAGCCCCCACUGAUAAUGCUGGGAAGCCAUCAGGUCUGCUUGAGAAAACUAAUCUGACCUCGGAAGUGGCGAUUGUGGCAGGAUGUGUCAGCGAUGAUGAUGGCAAGAAAGCAAGAUGUCCGCAUUCCCACCUACAACAUCAGCGUGGUGGGACUGUCUGGGACUGAGAAGGAGAAGGGCCAGUGUGGCAUUGGGAAGUCUUGUCUGUGCAACCGCUUCGUGCGCCCGAGCGCCGACGAGUUUCACUUGGACCAUACCUCUGUCCUCAGCACCAGUGACUUUGGUGGACGAGUGGUCAAUAAUGACCACUUCCUCUACUGGGGGGAAGUUAGCCGAUCCCUGGAGGAUUGUGUGGAAUGUAAGAUGCACAUUGUGGAGCAAACUGAGUUCAUUGAUGAUCAGACUUUCCAGCCUCACCGGAGCACGGCCCUGCAGCCCUACAUCAAGAGGGCUGCCGCAACCAAGCUCGCCUCGGCUGAAAAACUCAUGUACUUCUGCACUGACCAGCUGGGGCUGGAGCAGGACUUUGAGCAGAAGCAAAUGCCAGAUGGAAAGCUGCUAAUUGAUGGGUUUCUCCUAGGUAUUGAUGUUAGCAGGGGCAUGAACAGGAACUUUGAUGACCAGCUCAAGUUUGUGUCCAAUCUCUACAAUCAGCUUGCAAAAACGAAAAAGCCCAUAGUGGUGGUCCUGACUAAGUGCGAUGAAGGCGUCGAGCGGUACAUUAGAGAUGCACAUACUUUUGCCUUAAGCAAAAAGAACCUCCAGGUUGUGGAAACCUCGGCGAGAUCCAACGUAAACGUGGACUUGGCUUUCAGCACUUUAGUGCAGCUCAUUGACAAAAGUCGGGGAAAGACAAAGAUCAUCCCUUACUUUGAAGCUCUCAAGCAGCAGAGCCAGCAAAUAGCCACGGCAAAAGACAAGUAUGAGUGGCUGGUGAGCCGCAUUGUGAAAAACCACAACGAGAACUGGCUGAGCGUCAGCCGCAAGAUGCAGGCCUCUCCCGAGUACCAGGAAUAUGUCUACCUGGAAGGAACUCAGAAAGCCAAGAAGCUGUUUCUCCAACACAUCCAUCGCCUCAAGCACGAGCAUAUUGAACGCCGGAGGAAGCUGUACCUGGCAGCCCUGCCUUUAGCCUUUGAAGCGCUUAUACCCAAUCUAGAUGAAAUAGACCACCUCAGCUGCAUAAAAACCAAAAAGCUCUUGGAGACCAAGCCGGAAUUCUUAAAGUGGUUUGUUGUGCUUGAAGAGACACCAUGGGAUGCCACCAGCCACAUCGACAACAUGGAGAACGAGCGGAUCCCCUUCGACUUGAUGGAUACCGUGCCCGCAGAGCAGCUCUAUGAGACACACCUUGAAAAGCUUCGGAAUGAGAGGAAAAGAGCUGAGAUGAGAAGGGCGUUUAAAGAAAACCUGGAGACCUCUCCGUUCAUAACUCCUGGGAAGCCAUGGGAGGAGGCCCGCAGUUUCAUUAUGAACGAAGAUUUCUACCAAUGGCUGGAAGAGUCUGUAUACAUGGAAAUUUAUGGCAAACACCAAAAACAAAUUAUAGACAGAGCAAAGGAAGAGUUCCAGGAGCUGCUCUUGGAAUAUUCCGAAUUGUUUUAUGAGCUAGAGCUGGACGCUAAGCCCAGCAAGGAGAAGAUGGGUGUCAUUCAGGAUGUUCUGGGCGAGGAGCAGCGAUUUAAAUCAUUGCAGAAGCUCCAGGCAGAACGGGACGCCCUUAUUCUUAAGCACAUCCACUUUGUGUACCACCCAACAAAAGAAACCUGCCCAAGCUGCCCAGCUUGUGUGGAUGCAAAGAUUGAACACUUGAUUUGUUCUCGGUUUAUCCGGCCAUCUGACCGGAAUCAGAAAAAUUCACUCUCUGACCCCAACAUUGAUAGAAUCAAUUUGGUUAUCUUGGGCAAAGAUGGCCUUGCUCGAGAGUUGGCCAAUGAGAUCCGAGCUCUUUGCACAAAUGACGACAAGUAUGUGAUAGAUGGUAAAAUGUAUGAGCUUUCCCUGAGGCCAAUAGAAGGUAAUGUCAGGCUUCCUGUGAACUCUUUCCAAACACCAACAUUUCAGCCCCACGGCUGUCUCUGCCUUUACAAUUCAAAGGAAUCUCUGUCCUACGUGGUGGAGAGUAUAGAGAAGAGUAGAGAGUCCACACUUGGCCGGCGAGAUAAUCAUUUAGUCCAUCUGCCCUUGACAUUAAUCUUGGUUAAUAAGAGGGGGGACACCAGUGGGGAGACCCUGCAUAGCUUAAUACAGCAAGGUCAGCAGAUUGCUAGCAAACUUCAGUGCAUCUUUCUUGACCCUGCUUCUGCUGGCAUUGGGUAUGGGCGCAACAUCAACGAAAAGCAAAUCAGCCAAGUUUUGAAAGGACUCCUAGACUCUAAGCGUAACUUAAACCUGGUCAGUUCUACAGCUAGCAUCAAAGAUCUGGCUGAUGUGGACCUGCGAAUUGUCAUGUGUCUGAUGUGUGGCGACCCUUUUAGUGCAGAUGACAUACUCUAUCCUGUCCUUCAGUCCCAGACCUGUAAGUCUUCCCACUGUGGAAGCAGCAGUUCUGUUUUACUUGAACUACCAAUCGGACUGCACAAGAAGCGCAUUGAACUCUCAGUCCUCUCCUACCAUUCCUCGUUUAGCACCAGAAAAAGCCGAUUGGUCCACGGGUACAUUGUUUUUUACUCAGCCAAACGUAAGGCCUCCUUGGCUAUGUUACGUGCCUUUCUUUGUGAAGUGCAGGAUAUCAUCCCUAUUCAGCUGGUCGCACUCACCGAUGGCGCUAUAGAUGUCCUAGACAACGACUUAAGCCGGGAGCAGCUGACUGAGGGGGAAGAGAUUGCUCAAGAAAUUGAUGGGCGGUUCACAAGCAUCCCCUGUAGCCAACCCCAACAUAAACUGGAGAUCUUCCACCCAUUUUUUAAAGAUGUGGUGGAUAAAAAGAACAUAAUUGAGGCUACCCAUAUGUAUGAUAAUGCUGCCGAGGCCUGUAGCACCACAGAAGAGGUGUUUAACUCUCCUCGGGCUGGCUCUCCACUCUGCAACUCGAACCUGCAGGAUUCGGAAGAGGAUAUCGAGCCCCCGUCAUACAGCUUGUUUCGAGAAGACACAUCACUGCCCUCUCUGUCCAAAGACCAUUCAAAGCUCUCUAUGGAACUGGAGGGAAAUGAUGGGCUGUCUUUCAUCAUGAGCAAUUUUGAGAGUAAACUCAACAACAAAGUACCUCCUCCAGUCAAACCAAAGCCUCCUGUCCAUUUUGAAAUGACCAAGGGGGAUCUGUCUUAUUUAGACCAAGGCCAUAGAGAUGGACAGAGGAAGUCUGUGUCUUCUAGCACCUGGCUACCUCCAGAUGGGUUUGAUCCUUCUGAUUAUGCUGAGCCUAUCGAUGCUGUGGUCAAGCCAAGGAAUGAAGAAGAAAACAUCUACUCGGUGCCCCACGACAGUACCCAAGGCAAAAUCAUCACCAUUCGGAAUAUCAACAAAGCCCAGUCCAAUGGCAGUGGGAAUGGGUCUGACAGUGAGAUGGACACCAGCUCUCUAGAGCGAGGCCGCAAAGUAUCCCUUGCGAGCAAGCCGGUGCUGUACAGGACGAAAUGCAGCCGGCUGGGGCGGUUUGCUAGUUACCGAACCAGCUUCACCGUGGGGAGCGACGAUGAGCUCGGACCCAUCCGGAAGAAAGAAGAGGAUCAGGCAUCCCAGGGCUAUAAAGGGGACAAUGCCGUCAUUCCGUAUGAGACUGAUGAGGACCCGAGGAGGAGGAAUAUUCUUCGUAGUCUAAGAAGGAACACUAAGAAACCAAAGCCCAAACCCCGACCGUCCAUCACAAAGGCAACCUGGGAGAGUAACUACUUUGGGGUGCCCCUAACAACUGUCGUGACUCCAGAGAAGCCGAUCCCUAUUUUUAUUGAGAGAUGUAUUGAGUAUAUUGAAGCCACAGGGUUGAGCACUGAAGGUAUCUACCGGGUCAGUGGGAACAAGUCGGAGAUGGAGAGUCUGCAGAGACAGUUUGAUCAAGAUCACAACCUGGACUUGGCAGAAAAGGACUUUACAGUGAACACUGUGGCUGGUGCCAUGAAGAGCUUUUUCUCAGAACUGCCAGACCCGCUGGUGCCAUACAACAUGCAGAUUGACCUGGUGGAGGCACACAAAAUCAACGACCGGGAACAGAAGUUGCAUGCCCUGAAAGAGGUGCUCAAGAGAUUCCCAAAGGAAAACCACGAAGUCUUCAAAUACGUCAUCUCUCACCUGAACAAAGUCAGCCACAACAACAAGGUGAAUCUCAUGACCAGCGAGAACCUGUCCAUCUGCUUCUGGCCCACCCUUAUGAGACCCGAUUUCAGCACCAUGGAUGCCCUCACAGCUACUCGGACCUAUCAGACAAUCAUUGAACUCUUCAUCCAGCAGUGCCCCUUCUUCUUCUACAAUCGGCCCAUCAGUGAGCUCCCCGGCGCCACGCCCAGCUCCCCCUCUGCCAUGGCCUCCACCAUCCCCUUCCUCACUUCUACACCCGUCACCAGCCAGCCAUCACCUCCCCAGUCCCCUCCGCCCACCCCCCAGUCUCCCAUGCAGCCACUGCUCCCCUCCCAGCUUCAAGCUGAACACACGCUGUGAGCCAUGAGACCUGGGGCUAAAGGAGACUUGGUCUUCACUCUUCGCCGGAGUGGCAUUUGGCUGUGAACAAAAUCAGGGCCUUGGGGGCAGGGUCCGAGAAGGCGUCCCCUCUCCCCAUCACCUUCUCAAGAUGGCAGUGGUGGCCCUGGCUGACAGUCUGCCAGCCAGGAUAGGCUGUCAGGACCCGAGCCCAUCGCUGCAGACCUGGGACUGGCUGUAGCGGCCAAGAGGCCCUGUCCUUGGACUGGACCCCUAUGAGGACUGAGUAGCAGAGCAGCACCCUGGUGGCCGCCCACAUGUUCACCAUUCCCAAGACCACCUCUCCCUUCUACCCACCUGUUCGUUCACACCAGCCUCAGGGGUCCAGUCGCUGCUGGGACAGAGCCCUGGCGUUGGCCAGGAGAGCAGGAGGUUCUGAGAUGCAGGCGCCCAGGGUGGGGCUGGCAACCCCUAGAGAGGUUUCUCAUCUGUUUGUCUGUCUCCUCCCACCUUCCAUAUCUGCACCCGACCCCCACUUGAGGGGUACAGCCUGUCUAGCCCACCCCGAGUACGACGCUGAGGGCACCUGCCCAGCAGACCAGAACAGGGAGGGUAGCUGUGUGCCAGGCCCAAGAGAGUGCACCUUCCCCUCAGACCUGCCCUUCCCAGUCUCCCAGGACACCUCCACCGCCCCACCUCCAACAAAGGAACACUGGAAGAAAGAACAACCCUCCAAUAAUGUUUAAAAGAAAAACGGAAGAAAAAAAAAAAAACUACAGGAAGAAAACCACAGACCUCAGAAUUAUGAAGCUAUUCUCCCACCACAGCUGAGGUGACAGGUGGCUCUAGUCUGUGACAUCUGAACAGGUUGCCUGGCGUGAUCACCUGAGAAUCUUUUGGGGUCCUCUGUAUGUCCUCUACCCAGAUCCCCCUUCUUCCAAGAAGACAGUCUCAGUGCUUGGCGGGGAUUGCUGGGAGACUGGCAGGCCAGCCCGGGUCCUGGUCUGCCUGGGAACACACACUACAGUGCUCAGAAACACUACUUUUUGCCUGCGUGCACUUCUGUGUGUGCUUGUGUUGUGUGAGAGAAAAGCCUGUGAGGAGGGAACAACUGGAGUGGCCAGAAACAUUAGAGAGUGAGUGAGUGUGUGUGUGUGUGUUUUCUCUCCUGUGAGGCAAGGAGAGCUGGAGGUACCAGGCACACUUGGGAUUUGGUUUAGGAAGGAAUCAUUCCAUCCUAGACCCUAGAAGGCCACCAGCAGGGGUGUCAGUACAGGGACCCUAAUGGGAUGGUCUGCUAGCGCCCAUCUAUCUCCAAGGGGCCAUUCCACCUGCCAGUCAGCCCCCUGCCCUCCCAGGAGGUGGCCUGCCUGUUGGCUCUGGGAGGACCCCUCUCUACCCUCUAAACAGCAGCUAGCUGCCCAUACUCACAGCCAGGCCAGGGCCUCUGCAGUGGAAGCCUGACACUAAGGUACCCUAGGCGUGGGGCACGGGGCCGAGGGUGCCACCUCACUACCCUCUGGGUCUCUUUGCACUUUAAGCAGCACCUGUGGUCUGUUCAAGGCUGCCCUGGGUCACUUCCACCAGUGGCCCGAGUGAGACACCCCCCCAACAAACACACACAAACUGCAGCCACCCUGCCCUGCCCAGAUGCUCCCUGUGGGGCUGGGGGACCCAUGGCUUCCUGCCUCCUUCCUCUGGAUAAGCUGGAUAUCUUACUGUUUCUUGUCUGUGCGGUGAAACGAGGUGCUUGGUGUAACGAACUGUCCUGCCACCCCUAAGAACACGAGUCAAACCCCAGGUGCAUGUGUCUGUAAAGGCUGGAUGGAUGCUGGAUGCUGCUGCUGGUGGCCCCGUACCUGUGCUCUAGGUCUGGGGAGGCCAGGAGAUGCUGUUUGUGAGCUCUGACUGAGCUUGGCAGGCCCAGCCACUGCCUUCUGGCCCCCAAGCCCCCUCCCAACCCCUGCACUGAAGCACCUCCAUGCUCACCUACUCCAGUGGGCCCUUCAGGGUCUGGGGGUGACCCUGGGCCUCCAGUCACUCACAUGAACUCAAGAAAAAGUGGCCCAACCAGCCCCUUCUGAUGCUCUGACACUGCCACCUCUGCUGGCACUCUGGGCUUUGUCACCCCACAACCCCAAUUGUCUCACCUUUCCCAGGCCGCGUGCGCGCACGCGCGCGCACACACACACACACACACACAUGCGUGUGCGCUUGGCAGCGGGUGGGCACAUUGAGGCACUGACCCAUUGCAAGUAGCAGAAAGCGUGCUGGCGUGGUGUGUGGUGCCCCCUGCUGGCCCGAGUGGACAGCCACAGGAGGCCCUGCACGUAGCCCCCACCCCACCUCUGCCCGGCCUCUGGAGGCCCCUGGAUGGGCCUCCACUAGCAGCCCUGUGGGCCCUGGGCUUCAACAUCCAGACCCAGUGGGAGCUGGGUGGGACCCACAGAGGAAAGCAGCUCUGGGUAGGGCUGUCACAGCCGAUCCUGCUGAGCCGCGGGGGCCAGACUUACUCUGAACCCUCUCCCACCCUCCCCACCCCAACUGUCCUGACAGCCAGAGUGUAGGUUCCUCUGUGGCUACGAGUGACAGCUUCGGCCCUGGAGAGGUGAUCUCAUGGGGGUGAGGGGCUGCUAGGCUCACACUGAAGAGGGGCCCUGACGGGGGUCAACGAUUUUCAGCAUCCUGGUCUGUUGGCACGUGGCAGGGAGCCCAGUGCCGUGGGGGGGGGAUCCUAACAGGACACGCCGGGCCUUGCAGGGUGGGCAGAGGCUGCCAUCCCUCACCCCCACACCUGGGCUCCUCCCAGCCUAGGAGGCCUGGGGGCUUCUGGCUUCAACCCUGAAACUUGAAAAUGAGCACGUGGCAGCAGUGUGGUGAGUCAUCUCCACCGCACCCCACCCUCCCGAGGACACCGGCACCAGCCUGUGCAGUGCCCACCCUCAGGAGAAGGAAGCUCCAGGCUCCCUUGCUCAGCCUGCAUGUGCAGUGGUAGCAGCGUGGCCCAAUGGGCCCCCCGUGACCCCCCCAUCUGCUGGGCCCCUGCUUUGCCGGUCGGCUGCCCACUUGCCACAAACAGUGUACGGAGGAGUUGCCUCCACUCCUGACGCUUGGCGGGUUCAAGCCACCCGUUUGCGCAGAGGUGACAGGACAGUCACAUGGGGGACUGUGGCCGUGCUGGGGACCCUGAGAAAGAAGGUUUCCUGGGGAGCACCGGGGUGGCGUGAGGGGAAAAGGCCGCCCCCCACUGUCGGGAGAGGCUGCUGCAGCCUGUGGUCAGCCAGGGAGCAGCCUCAGCCUGUUUACCUUCUGUGUAGUCCAGACAGGGCCUAAGUUAUUGUUUGCAUAAAGAAUCCUGUUCCCUGUGUACAUUGGAAAAAAAAAAAAAAAAGGAAAUGUCUCUGAGUUGUAUGGGAAUAAAACUUGUUUGAAAAUU